AUGAUGAUGAUGAUAACGAUGAUGAUAACGAUAAUUACGAUGACGACGAUGUUGAUGAUGAUGCGAGAGAUUGCUAAAUUACAGGUGAUGGGCGAAUCGAUUCCUACGGAAGUGGUCGAUCAGUUACGUCGAUUCAACGAUGCCUUAACAGGACUGGAGGAUAGCUGUCAGGAUGAGUGCUUUUGCUCCGCCGAACAACAUUUCCAGGUUUUUAAUUUUUUGGUAUUUCGUUGA